GUACUUGAUAAAUCAAUCAAUAAUACUUUGACUCGUUGAUUCUUUUUUAUUUUACUUCAACUCAAUCGAACCACUCUUUAUCAUGCAUAUCUCUGUCGCUUUUCUUUUGGCUACGUUUGCCGGUGAAUAUUUACUUUCGUGAUCACAGCUCUUAAAGUCUUCCGUGCUCAUGUUUCCUUUCGUCACGUUUUUUCACUCCAGCUACCGGACGUGCUGCCCCGAGCUUGGCACAGUAAGCAAUCGUUUCCCAUCGUUCCAUCGCCUUGCAUGUGCUGAUAGUCAGCUUGACUUUUUCCAAAGUUUGGAUGCUCGUACGAUGAUUGCUACUCCAGGACAACAUAUAGAUACCAGCGGUUGGGGUCAAAAGAACCCUAACGUGCAUACCACCACCGGACAGGAUUUGCUCAACAACAGUCCCACCAGCAUUGACGAUGGUCUCGGGCCGGUGAUUCCGGAUCAACCCAAUCCACCAGUUGUUUCGACUGGCUCUGGUAUAUCUCGACGUCCCGAUGGAACUAUCAUCGGUAGCCCCACCGGAUUUCCGGAUCAACCCAAUCCACCAGUUGUUUCGACUGGUUCUGGUAUAUCUCGACGUCCCGAUGGAACUAUCAUUGGUAGCCCCACCGGGUUUCCGGAUCGACCUAUAUUCCUUCCCAACAACGUUGUUCCGACGGGGUUUUCAGAUUUUGGAACCUUUUAUAAUACCUUUCGAUACUCCCAACAGAGCUUCUUGAAUGUUGUUUCGCAAUGGCAGACUCCAGGUUUUUCAAUUAACUUGGUCAGGUCACAAUUCAGUUUGUGGAUCAACCAAUUGUUUCAAACCGUCUCACUGUUCCAAGGAGGCUGCGGUAUCUGUGAUCCACGAUACGCUGGACAGUUCCAAGCACUGGCCACCAACCUGCUACGCGACAUCCAAUACGCCUUACAAAUCAUCCGAUUCCAGUAUGGCAGUCUUUGGGGCCAGUUUUCGAGUAAGCCGAUUAGAUGAUUGUUCAAUGCAUGUCUCGUUAGCCUCCACUCAUCAUUUCUCUCGUAGAUGAAUUCCAACUUCUGCGCAACAUCAUCCGAGUGAUCUUCGGCCUCGCUGGAACCUUCGGUAUCAACCUCAACUCCUGGUUCAAUACUAUCAACUUGAAUGCCGGUUUAUUCCAGUCCAUUAAUAUCCAAAUUCCCAGAUUUAUCAGUGCUUCUCCCAGGGUGUUACUCAAUGUUAAUCAACAAUUCUAGAGAGUCGUGAAAUAGGCACUCUCUUUUUUCCUUGCGACCUUUUAAUGUUAUCUUGUCGCGUGAUCUUUGAACGGCUUCGUGUUUUCCUGAUUCAUUUCCUCUUUCAUUCGUUCACGCUCUAAUAUGGCAUUAUUCUAUCUUAAUGAGUAAUGCAUUAUACCUGCUACCAAC